GAGUUUAGUCAUCGUUCAUUGCUGAACAUUCAGUGUUUUAUCUCGUAACUUUUAUUUCUCAGAAUUUUGUAUAACUUUUUCUGAAAUAACAUUUCUUUCACUUUGUUGAUUCUCUCAGAGAAUUUUGUUUUCAACUCAUCGAGGAACAAAAGUAAAAGAGAAGACUUUCAACAUAUUGUGUAGAUAGAACCUUUUAAAUUCGCUUCUUUUUGUUUGUUCUAUUCUCUUUUUUGGUUUCUUUUGUUUUUUGUUCGAAUUUCUUUUUUUUAUUUGUGUCUUUUGUCUUUAUCUUAAUUUCUUUCGUUUUUUUUCUUCUUCGAUGUCGGAAACAAAUUUGGCUCAAUCAUCUCGAUUUCAAGUUGCCAAAGUGACCGGUGGUGGUGGUGAUCUUAAAAAUGAAGAUGGUCAACCUGGUGAGGAAAUUGCUCUCAAUGGUUACGAUCAUACAAAUGGACAUGAUGCCGAUUAUGAUGAUAAAUACAAUCAUGAAGAUGAUGAUGAUGAAGAAUAUGAUGAGAAUGGUGAUCGUGUAACCUCUUCACCGACUCAUUUUAAUCAUCAAAGUUCAGUGGAUUAUAACAACACCCAUACAGUUUAUGACACUAAAAAUUUGAAAAGCUUUCGACAUUAUACCAGGGAAGCUCUACCAAGGGUCGACCAUUACAGAGACAUGAAUUCGGUUCAUGGACAUAUGACUCGGCCAACAUUGGAUGAACUUCAUGGCUGUGAAAUUUCAUCAUUUCAUGAUUCAACCAAGCGGAAAGACCGGAAAUCAUUGAUUUCACCGGAUCCUGGAGAAUCGGCUGUUAAAUUUGGUUGGGUUAAAGGAGUUUUGGUACGAUGUCUAGUAAAUAUCUGGGGAGUUAUGUUGUUUCUCCGUCUCUCAUGGGUUGUCUCUCAAGCAGGAAUAGGUUAUGCUAGUUUAAUUGUCCUCACUGCCUCACUGGUCACUGUUAUCACAACUCUUUCAAUGUCCGCCAUUUGCACCAAUGGUGAAGUUCGUGGUGGUGGAUCUUAUUACAUGAUAUCCCGUAGUUUAGGUCCAGAAUUUGGCGGUUCCAUUGGAGUUAUAUUUUCAAUAGCAAAUGCUGUAGCUGUUGCCAUGUAUGCAAUUGGUUUUGCAGAAACAGUUUCAACCUUGUUAAAGGACAAUGAGAUUAUAUUAUUUGCUGAUGAUAUAAACAAUACCCGCUUGAUUGGCUGUCUAACGGUUCUCGUUUUAUUGGGCAUCGCACUGAUAGGUACAGAAUGGGAAGCUAAGACCCAAAUUUGUCUGCUAUUCAUCCUACUCGCGGCAAUGGCCAAUUUUGUCCUCGGAUCAUUUAUCCCACCCGACGAGCAAAAACGUGAACGAGGAUUUGUCGGCUAUUCGAAUGAACUGGUAAUCAAAAACUUUGGUCCUGAUUUUCGAGGUGAAACUUUCUUCUCAAUAUUUGCCAUCUUCUUCCCGGCGGCAACUGGAAUUCUUGCUGGUGCUAACAUCUCUGGUGAUCUUAAGGAUCCCCAACAAGCUAUUCCUCUUGGUACCAUGUUAGGGAUCGUCAUAACAUCAGCAUCUUACCUUGGCUUUGCCUGGAUCUUUGGUAUAACAAGUGAACGGGAGGUUUUAUCAGCCAAUGGAACGGCAAUUUUAUUUGAUGGUAAACCUCAAGGACUUCACCAUAAUUACAAUAUGAUGGCACUUAUAUCUUUGUACAGUCCACUUAUCACGGCGGGAACAUGGGCUGCAGCGCUUUCCUCAGCUUUGGCAAGUUUAAUCAGUGCACCAAAAGUUUUCCAAGCUCUUUGUAAAGACAGACUAUUCCCUUUUAUUCAUUACUUUGGCAAAGGCCAUGGUAAAAAUAACGAACCUCGUCGUGGUUAUAUCUUAGCUUUUCUUAUUGCCCUCGCUGGUUGUGCUCUUGGUGAUCUAAACGUAAUCGCACCAAUCAUUUCGAACUUUUUCCUAUCAGCUUAUUGUCUUAUCAAUUUUUCCUGUUUCCAUGUUUCGUAUGCUAAAUCAUUGGGUUUCCGACCUUCUUUCCGUUUCUACAAUAUGUGGAUCUCACUGAUCGGUGCGAUUCUGUGUCUCGUAGUUAUGUUUAUCAUCAAUUGGUCUGCAUCUCUGAUCACCUUCAUCUUAUGCUUUGCUUUAUAUUUUGUGGUUCUCUACCGUAAACCAGAUGUCAACUGGGGCUCAUCAACUCAAGCAGCUACUUACAGAUCAGCUCUUCAAACAGCCUACAAACUUAACCUUAUUCCGAAUCACAUAAAAACUUAUAGGCCACAAAUUUUAGUUCUAACUGGAAAUGCUUAUGCCCGACCUCCUCUUGUUGACUUCAGUUACCAAAUAAUCAAAGAUAUCGGACUUAUGAUCUGUGGUCAUAUUGUUCAGCCUCGAUUGAAUCAAAAAUCACGGGAAAAUUUAACACAUCAAAGCAACGAUUGGCUCUCGAAACGUAAAAUCAAAUCAUUUUACACUUUGAGCGAUGAUACAUCCUUUGUAUCAGGAGCUAAAUCAAUGAUCCAGUGCACGGGAAUCGGAAAGCUAAGGCCAAAUACUGUCAUGCUUGGUUAUAAAAACGAUUGGCAAGACUGCAAUAAACAAGAGUUAUUUGAAUACUUUUCUGUAAUUCAUGAGGCUUUCGAUAAACACAUGGCUUUAUGUAUUCUACGACUUGAGAAGGGAUUAGAUCAUUCAAGAUAUGGAAGAUUAUCUCAUGCUGUUGAUAAUAAUAUCGAUGAAGAUAAACCAUUGAAAGCAAUUAAAGUUGAUAAGAAAAUUAAGCCAAAUGAUGUUGAGAAAGGUGAAAGUUUACUCGCAGCCUAUGAUUCAGUUACAUCUCAAACCAACAGUGGCGAUAGCUCGGACGAUGAAUCACCUUUGGCUACUAAUUAUGAUGAUCAGAAAGGUGAUAUUAAAUCAGCUCUUUCUGGUGAUCGGGAUAAUGAUGAACAAUCAGUUAUUUCGAAAACUAUCCUAUCAACAAUCAAUCAAUUCCAACGAAAACAGAAAAAGUCAACAAUUGAUGUUUGGUGGCUCUACGAUGACGGUGGACUUACAAUGUUGAUGCCUUACAUUUUAUCCACUCGGAAACAAUGGUCUGGAUGUAAACUUCGGGUUUUCGCAUUAGCCAAUAAAAAAGAUGAUCUUAAUCAAGAACAGCGUAACAUGGCUGCUCUUUUGAACAAAUUUCGAAUUGAAUAUUCUGAUGUUACCGUUAUAUCGGAUAUUGUUCGUCCACCAGCAGAGAAAAAUCGUCAAGCAUUUAACGAGAUGAUCUCCAAAUGGCGGACAAAAGAUCUAGAUGAAGAGCCGAUAAAAAUGAACGACUCUGGGAACGACGUUAGCAGCGGCGGGGACAUUGAUGGAAUCAAUGUUUCGAUAUCCGAUUCUGAAUAUUUAGCCUUAAAAAACAAAUCGUAUCGUCAUAUUAGACUGAGAGAGCUUCUUGUUCAACAUUCAAUGGAUGCAUCUCUCAUCGUUAUGACUCUUCCAAUGCCUCGCAAGGGAACCUGUUCAGCCGCUCUUUAUAUGGCCUGGUUGGAAACACUAACAGCCGAUAUGCCGCCUUUCCUCUUAGUCCGAGGAAAUCAAACAAGUGUCCUUACAUUUUACUCUUAAGACUUAAUUUUCAUGUAAUUGAAACUGAAUUGAGAGUGGAAAAGGCUCAGAUUCAGCUACCUGUAGACUCCUUUUGUUUCUCUGUUUACAUUUUGUUUUUUUGUUCGUCAUUUAUUUUAGUCCUUUUCCCUCUUUCUCCUUCUCAUCUUCCUUUUUUCUUCAUCCAAGUAUCUCCUCAAUUCUUUGGCAAAGAGAGAUACGUUUACUCUCUUUUAUCUUCCAUUCUGACUUUUAUCAUCAUCAUUUCUAAUUUGAACUGGGCUUUUAUUUUUUCUUCUUUAUUUAACUUUCAUAAAUCUUUCAUCUCUUUCUUAUUAGUCAUCUUUUCCCACCUUAUCUCUUCCACAUCAUCCAAGUUAACCACCUACACACCAAUGUUUUCAGAAUGAACAAACUAAUGGCCUGAAAAAGGAAACCACCCUCAAUCAGGGCGAUUAUUGUAAUAGAAAAACAAAUGAACAGCUCGAUGUGAACAAUUUCCCACUCCUUUGCCUUAUCAUCCUGAAGAUGAUUCAAUUAUCAUCAGAAUGAGCCUUCCAAAUCCAAUUGGCCGUCGUCACCACCGUAAAAACCUUCCAAUGAUUCCGGAAUCAAUUUUCUUUUCUAUUUUCUUCACGUAUAACCAGAUUUUCACCUUGACCAUUAAGUGGACCAAUUAACUCUGAUUCGUAGGAUAGAAUAAGCUGAUUAAUAUAAAAUUUCAAUUUUUUACUCUUUCUACAACCUUCUUAUCAUCAUCACAUCAUCUUCUUCCCUCUUGUGGGUUAAAUUUGGGGUUAAAUUGACAAUUUAAUUAGCGAUCAAAACAAAGGACAACAAUUUCAUCACCAAACUUGUUAACGCACCAAAAUUAACUUAUAUCUUCAUUAUCAACGAUACUCUUAAUCAGUAGUAGAUCUGAUUUUAUAAUUAGAUUAUAAUUAUUAUUAUCUAAACGUAAAUUAAGCUUUAAUCAUUGAUUUGAUUCUUCCUACUAUUCAAAACAAACAAUAACCACACUCAACUAAUAAUAACAAAUUAAAUGCAUUCAAUGAAUCAGCAUUUGUAAACAACAACAACAAUUUAAAUACGAAAAUUUAGCGCGUAAUCAAUUGAACAAUUAACAAAUUAUCUUUCAAUUGUAAUUGCAAAUGAUGCAUAUAAAAAGUUGACUGAAAAUGAUUAAAAA